AGUUUUGAAAUUUGAUGAAGUGUUCCCUGCAAUUUCUCACUAUUUGGAAAGAAAAUUGCGUUAUAAUUAAUUGUAGAUCUUGAAAAUAUUUCAAUAUGAGUAGUGAAGAUCAAUGUAACGAACAGCUUUCUCAUGCAGCUUGCAGUAAAGAAGUGGAUGUUACAUUUUUACCUCUAAUUUACGAGAUAAUUCGAGGCUUGGAACGUGAUCCACAUGACCCUGUUCAGAAAAACGCUCAGUCUCAAGAUGUUAGUCAAAAAGUAAUGGAAAUUUUACGAAAACUGGAGGAGGUUCGCGAAUAUAUUCGAGGAUUACCCGGAAUCGAAUACAGCAAAAAAGAGCAAAAACAACAGCUGCAAUUCUUACGUAACCAGUUGCUGAUGAAAAGACAGCUUAUCCUGAAAUUUAGAAACAUGUACUCUUUCGAUACGUUAAAAUAUUAAUCAGCACCCCUACAGUUGAUACUUGGAUGUUGAACUUCGCAUUUCAUCUCUAAUAAUUUGAACUUUCGUACGAAAAAGUCAUCAGAAACGUAUUCAUAUGUUUAAAUAUCGCAUCUCGCAGAUGGCUGGCAGUUCACUCCUGGCUAUGGCCAGAUAUUCGUUCUAUCGUGCAUAAGUAAAUGAAUCUAUUGUGUAUAUGCUUGUAAAUAUCUUUGUAGACUAGAAAGUCAUUUAAAUAUAGUGAUUUUUUUCAGUUUU